GAUCUGGACUGAACCUAUCCAGGAACGUCUUUCCGCCUCGUGAUCAUUGACCCUUGACAGCAACCGAGCCUUUCUUGGAUUGGCAAUGCCGGCGCCUCGCGACUCGGACACAAUACACCUACUUCCUCACAACAACCCUUGUAUUUGAACUCUCGACCGGACCUUCUCUGAUGCAUUCAAGGCAAAGAACCCCCCGUUCGUCGAGUCACACUCCGUCGCAUGGGUUAGAAUUCCCGGUCGACGAAAUACAGAAUCAAGUUUUGUGUGUUACCAGGCGUUGCCGGUGACCAGCCUUGCUAGGAAAAUAACUCCUGUUUGGCAUCCCAGUCCCUACCCUUGGGCCUCUUCAAUCUCUCAUUGUUCCCGGGGGUCUUGGCCAAGAUGAAGUUCGCCCACGAGUUCAAGGCAGCCCUGGAGAGGGAAGGCUACCCUCAGCACUGGCUCGACUCGGCCAUCCCUUACGGCCAGCUCAAGAAAGUCCUGAAGAAGGUUCAACGGGAGCUCAAUGACUUUGGUUUGGAUCCAGAAACGAUGAGGCAGCUCUUAUCGGCCGAAGCCACGCCGUCUGCAGGGGGAUCUAUUGCGAUGGCAAAAUAUCACCUUGAUCCAAACAAGUCAAACCUUCUGAGACCUAGACUGACGGUCUUCGUGCAACUUGAGGAUGGUGUAGCCGUUGACGCGUCUCUCUCGCCAGCGUCUCGGAAACUCUUGGAGAAGCUGGCGUCUACGAUGCCGGUGCUAGAAGAUGGCGCUACCAUCCGGAGCUCCUCCCCGAUCUCUGAUCGUGGGAAUGUGGAUCCAACUCCUAUCUCACCCGUGGCCGAGGAUGCGGCUGCCCCAAUCGUGGAACCGGAUCAGAGGCUCCAGAGGAUAGAAGUCCCCUUGGUGUUCGACGGGGAAUUCUUCCAGGUCCUUCAAACAGACGUAGCCAGCCUUGAAAUUCUCCAGAAAGAAGAGCAGGAGUCAAUGAAUGCCAGCAUUGUCCAGUUGGGGCGGGAAAUUUCUGAAGUGGCUAAGCCGUCGAGAUACUCCAAGAGCGAUCUCUCUCGUUGGCGCGAAAUAUUUGAGCUCUAUCUUGACGCGCGAAUCUUCUUCUCGUCGAAUGAGCUUGAUCACGGUACUCGGACCAGCGACGUGGCAUUAAAGCAACUUGUUUGGUUCCAGAAUGAAGUUCAAAAGCGGGAGCUGCGAUCCAGAUUUAAGUUGGCUUCCAGCCAGGGAGCAUACAAGAAUUUCUUGGCGUUGAAUGCUACCUUGUUGCAGAAUCUCAAGUUUCAGGAGAUCAACAAGAGGGCGGUCACCAAGAUACUUAAGAAAUUUGACAAGCGCACCUCGUUGGGCGUGUCAAGAGACUUCCCAGUAGUUGUCCAAUCUGUCUCCUCCAUGGGGGAGGCAAUUGCCAAGAACAUAUGCGCUCAGGUGUCAACAGAGGUUGUCUCCCAGGUGCCACGGCUAGAUGACUACCUCUGCCCGAUCUGCUUCAGUAUCGCCUGGCUUCCAGUCCGACUCACCUGCCACCAUGUCUUCUGUAUUCGCUGCACAGUAAAAAUGCAACGAGAGAAAAAGCGAACCUGUCCUCUCUGCCGGGCUGACGUCAUCAUGGAAGCCGACACAACAAAUCUUGACGAAGAUCUGAUCAAGUUCCUGGAGCGCUGGUUCCGAAAGGAAACGAGAGAAAAGCAAAAGGCCAACGAGAUAGAGCGGGGAAAAGAGCUCUUCGGUGAAUCAUACGAGCACUCAGCUUGCCGCAUCAUGUAGAUGCGCAUGACAUGAGUCGCGUUCUUGCCUCAACCCACUGUUGAUACAGUGGGUUUGUUAAUAUUCAACUCCCAUCUUAACCCACAGAGGCCAGGAAAUGAUAUGCUGUGUGUUUUCUCGAGAAUAUCACGUCGGAUUGGAAUAUUGGAUGGCGUGCUCCUGAUGUGUAGUAUCGUUUUCUUCUCUUUGUCUUUGCAUGCCCAGGGUAAUAAAUUUAAUAGUAAAAUUUCUUCACUC